UUGCCAGAUGGCCACCACUCAGGGUAUGCCAUCCCAGACCGACGAUUUACCCGCAGUAGACAUACUUACACACACAUCCUAAAUCCUAAUAGGAGUAGGUAUAGCGAAUAUAUUCAAAGUGGUUUGCAGUAAUUUCAGAGCAUAAUGGUUAAAAAGAAGGAUCGUGAUCGGGAGCAUGGCGAAGCGAGUCACUCGUUUCCAGCGGAUUCUCAAAACCAAGAGCAUGGACUAAUUAUGAAUGUAGUAAAGAAGCCAAAGAAACAACAAGCACAAGAAAUCAUCCAAGAAACCGAGGAGGAAGUAGAGAAGAUUAUAAAUGUAGAAGACUUAGAGGAUGUAGAUAUAUCUGUUGUAGAUGACAUUGAUGAUUCACCAAGUCAGAGUUUAAAACUGAAGAUUAAAAUACCAGAAUCUUCCCCUGAGAAACCAGGCACUCCCAAGUCAUCCAAAACAAAACCAGAGAAAAGCAAGUCAUCUGGCAGUAAAAAGAGUGGCAAGAAGAAAGAAGGUAAAGGGGAUGAUGAUACUGACAGCGAAGAGGAGAGGUGGCUGGAUGCCAUUGAAUCAGGCAAAUUGGAGGAGGUUGAUGAUGAACUGAAACGCAUGAAAAAUCCCAGACUUAUGACAGCGAGACAAAGGGCUAUGCUUGAAAAGCGAGAUGGCCCAGAUGACACGUUUCCUAUUAUUCCUGCUGAACCACUGCUUUCAUUGCCAUCUGGGUUCAAGGAGAAAGUAGUUACUGAAGAAAUGCUUGCAAAAAAAGCCAUCAAGACACAGAAGAGAAGAGAACAGGCACAAGAGAAGAGAGAGGAAGACAAGAAAAAGACAGUUGACCGGCUGUUAAAAAAACAAGAUUCAAAAGUCCAGAAGUAUAAUAACAGAAUGAAGUUCAAUAAAAAGGAGAUUCCCAUGUACACCUAUGUCAACAAUCAAAAUAUGAUAUCAAUAUCAGUCCCCCAGUCUCUUGAGUUCAUCAUGAAUCCACAAAGUGAAAGAGAAUGUCCGAAAGUAAAGCUGUGUGGUGUAGAAGGAUGUAGAAACCUAAAGAAGUAUUCUUGCUCAAAAACUGGAAUUCCACUCUGCAGUCUUGAGUGUUAUAAGACAAAUUUAGCUGUACAUAGUCAGAUUAGUACCCUUUAGAUUUUGAAGUAAAUAUACGUAUUCAUUUGUAAA